CGGGUGCGCGCGCCUUGCUGGGACUGCGCGACUCUCUUAAUCUGGAUUGGAUUAGGAUGCAGCGCGCGCGCGUGCUGUAAUCAUCAGUACGGUGAUGCUGUGAUCUGCGGCGCGUGACACAUCUGGAAGAGGCGUGCGACGGCGCGCGCGCGGAUGCGUCACAGGAGAAGAAGGGACGCAGAAAAGGAAACUUUGGCGCACAAAUGGAGCGGCGACGCACCGAGCUGCGCGUUUAGACUCGUUUCAACUCAUGUAAUCUCUCAGUGGCGGCCUCGGUUCGGACAUGUGAAGAAAUGGCAGAAAACGGGAAUAAUGGGGAUGGAGGAGGUACUGGACCACCGUGUGAUCCCAGCAGCUUCUCUGGUGCAACUCUUGGGACCAAACGGCACGUCCCUCGAGGGAUUGUGAUCCAGCUGACGGGGACGGAGGGAGGGUGGGACAGCAUGGAUGAAAGCGAGCUGAUCUUCUCCCUGGACCACAACGAGGACUACCCGUCCAUAUCCCUGUCCAAGGAGAGGACUCUUUCUGCAGAAGAAGAAGCAGGUCUGAAGUCCCAGAGCUUCCAUGUUCCCCUCUCACCUUCGUCUCCCGAUUCCUUGGGGAACUUUUCCGCCAGCUUCCUGUCCCCCGGUCCUUCCUCGCCCACCCACCGUCCUCUCGCAAACCUGGUGAAGUCCCUCUCCACGGAGCUGGAGCCGAAGGAGGGCUCCAGCCUCCGACCCAAGCCCUUCCUGAGCCUCGUCAAGUCCAUCUCCACGGAGCUGUCCCGCUCCGAACCCGAGGUGUCCCAGUCCAAGUCGGAUUCCCGCCUCAACCUUCACCUGUGGAAGCAGCUGACCCAAACCAAAACCCGAAGCAACGGCGACUCUCGAACGGCCCCUCCGACCCCCACCACGCUCUCGCCGAGCGGCGACGGCCCAAAGGGGGGGUUCUUCAAACUGGAGCUGGACGACACCAAGAGGAGGCUCUCCGAGGCCGUGCAGGAACCUCUGAGCAGCAUGUUCAGCAAGAUCCGGCGCGAGGACGUCGGGGGGAGCCCCAAACACCAGAGCAAGCCCCAGCUGGCUCAUCAGAGCAGCAGCCGGAGUUUGGGUCGGGAGGGCAGCACGGACCUGUCAGAGUCUCCCGUGAGAAACGCUCGGAAAACCGACGCCGACGUCCUGCCGGUGUUUGAGUGGCCCUCCGUGAGGCACGCGGCGAGAGGUCAGCGCGGCCUCUGUCCCGUACAUCAUCCCCGGCAGCACCACAGAGACGAGGAGCUGGAAAUCUGCACAGACGGCGACACCAUGCACGUCUUCUCCAUCCAGACUCGGAGGAAGCCCAGAAGCCUCGCCGGGCUCCGGGUUCUGGCGUCACCGCCAGCCGGUGGAUCUCCCAGGCCCCCGAACCCUUUGCCGCGCAUGAGCUUGUUCUGCGUAGCCGUGCUGUCCUACGGAUACUUCAUCCUACCUCUGAGCCCGUACUUCUCCGGAUUGGCUUUGGGAUUGGCCUUUGGGUUUUUGUUGGGUCUUUUCCUCAUCCGGAUGGGUUCCUGCAGGUCUGACUGCUCGGCGUCGACUCACCAACCGGAAGAGAUGCCGUUUGAAGAAAGGACUCUGACAGGCUGCUUUGACAGCUCUGAGCCUGACGUCCUGAAGGGCUGGAUGAAUGAAAUCCAUGAUUACGACCCAGAAACCUGCCAUCCUGCCAUGACUCACUCCGUCUUCGCGACCCUGGAGGGCUCCUGCCUCCGUCUGGACUACCCACGCGCCAACAUCAGCCGCAGGGCGGCCUAUGAUGAGAAAGUCCACGACGCUACCUUUGUCAAGUCCCGCUGCUUUCAGCUCGCACAGAGCAAAGUUUUUUUGCUGCCGUCUGUGUUAGCUCGGAAAAGGGUUUGGAACCCCAAAUACCCCAUCUGCAUCCAGCUCGCCGUGGGGUCCCACUCCCAGCCCGGGGAGAAAGGCGGCUCCGUGGAGAACCUGAAAGAGGAGCAGGGCGCCGAACAGUCGCCGAGCUCUUCCAGAGCCGCUCUGUACCUGUUUGGCCGCACAGGAAGAGAGAAGGAGGAGUGGUUCCGCCACUUCCUGUUCGCCUCCAAGGAGGCGGAGCUCGAAAAGCCAGGGGAGAAGCAGAAGCCGGGCAGAUGCAUUUCCCAAUCGGGUGACCCAACGCCGAACGUUCCUUUCCCGAACAGCAGAAGCCCGAGCAGAGGGGGCAGCGGUGACCACGACGCCCCUCCCACACCCCCGGCGCCGUGCAUCCCCUCCGCCCCCCCUGGAGCCUCCAGGGGCCUUUCUACGUUCGAUUACCCCAGCUACAUGGCUCGACUUCUGGCCACAGAAUACUCCACGCCCCUCUCCAGUCCGGGAGGAAGCAGCGUGGAGGCCAGCCCCACCGCCAGAAGAAAAUGUACGUGUGAUCUGACAGAGUUCCCUGAAAACAGCCAAACGGCGUGGGUCAACGCUCUGAUUGGUCGAAUUUUCUGGGAUUUCCUGCGAGAGAAGCACUGGGUGGACGCCGUCUCCCACAAGAUUCAGAAGAAGCUCAGCAAAAUCCGACUGCCUUACUUCAUGAACGAGCUGAGUCUGACGGAGAUGGACAUGGGUUGCUCCGUGCCGCAGAUCUCCGCGGCGUCCAGUCCAGAGGUGAACCACAGGGGCCUGUGGGUGGAGCUGCAGCUGGUCUACACGGGGAACCUGCAGAUGACCCUGCAGACCAAGUGUGACCUGUCCAGGCUGGGGAAAGAGGCCGGCCGGGACCUGGCUCACUGCUUCACCGAAACUGGUACCCCAUGCUCCAGGCCCAUCCUCAGGGUGUUGGCAGACAGUGACGAAGAGUCGUCCAGCGCCGCUUCAUCCGAUGAAGAGGAGCUGCUUCUGUCUGAGCCUCUGGGUCCAGCUGGAGAAAAGGUCUCCACUCCGACCAGUGAAGGGGCGGGAGGAGGGAAGACUGGAAGGAAGAUUUUGAGAUUUGUGGACAAAAUCACUAAAUCCAAGUACUUCCAGAAGGCGGCAGAGAGCGACUUCAUCAAGAAGAAGCUGGAGGAGAUGUCCAACACGCCGCUGCUGCUCACCGUGGAGGUCCGAGAGCUGUCGGGGACGCUGGCGGUCAACAUCCCGCCGCCGCCCACAGACAGGAUCUGGUACAGCUUCUGUGUCCCCCCCAAGCUGGAUCUUCACGUGCGUCCCAAACUGGGGGAGCGAGAGGUGACCUUCUGCCACAUAACCGAGCUGAUCGAGAAGAAACUCCAGGACGAGUUCCAGAAAGUGUUUGUUCUGCCAAACAUGGAUGACAUCUACGUCCCUCUGAUGUGCUCUGGAGUGGAGAACCAGCAGAGCUCCUCCACAGACUCUAUUGAGAAGAUCCCGCCUGAGGGGGCGGAGCCUGACUAGUGCCUCAGUGUUGAGAUUUUGAUACGUAAAAAACGAGUUUGCCUCUGGAGGUUUGAGGAGCACAAUAAGCUGAAACAGACGUUUCAUCCAGAAAUAAAAACAUUAAACAUUUAAAAAUUGUUUACAUGGAUGAUCAAUAAAUUUGAUGUUUACAACUUUGGAUGAUGAGAUUGUGAAGAUGGUUAAAUAAAAGCUGGAGAACCAGUUCUUCAACGUC